GAACAAUCAGCUGGUGGGAGUAAACAACGCCGGGGUGACAGCAACAAGCACCGCGGAAGUUCUCGAUUUUGUGCUUUUUCAACGAGAAAACAUGUUCCCAGCUGGUGCAGAGGACGACGAUGAUGAUUUUGUUCCGUCGUCGAGCUCAAGAUUAUCAUCAUUAUUUGGUAGCAGCACGACAAGCAAGUCCUCCAACUUGAAGUAUGUUGCCCCCAAGCAGCCUCGACCAGAGAGAAGUGACUCUGCAAGUAGUGGAAGUGGAAGUGGAAAAAAUAACUCCCCCUCACCAGCCCCACAACAGUCAAAAACACAAGCGCCUGCAGUGUUGGUUGCAGCCCCAGUCCAUGCAUAUUUGUUGUAAGUGCUUAAUCAUUUGCUUUUUUUCUUUCUUUCAUUUUUCAACCUUCUUUUUUUCUUCUUCCCUUAAGUUGUGUCCUUUUCUUUUGAGCUGCUCUGUUAGAAAGAGGAGAA